UCAGUGUGCACUUGAGUCGACAUGAUUGGCUGAAAUCAUUCGACCGUGACGUGGUCAAGGGUCAUAAAUACAGGGGGACAGUCCCCUUUUGCGGAAAUAUAAUAUUCUCCAACAAUUGAAUCAACUCAUGAACUUGCUCAUGUUUGUAAAACCCUUGUUUGAUUAUCACAUCAGAAAUGUUACUGACUAGGCCUAGGUGCUACUGCUAGGGCGUUGUGUUUCCAUGGAGCCACCCAGAAUGAUGCUCCCUAGUCUGCCCUCCAGAUUAGUAGUCCUGGCCACCAUCUUUCUCAUGGUUCUCCUGCAAACGUUAAUCUUCAUGAUGUCGGACACUAAGGAGCAGACCGAAUCUCAGGAGAUGGCAACAAAGGCAGCGACACUAGAUCCAGGCUCGGCAAACUACCCAUUCCUGAAAGAUCCUCAAACUGUCAAGUACAUUUCCACUCAAAUAAAGGUGAUGAUCUUUCUACAUGUGGCAUCAGACAAAGAGAUGUCAGCCUUAGCCCAAGCCAUCACCAGCACCUACAAGGACUCGGCGACUUGCUGCUUGAAGACUUCCAGAGGUUCUGAAGUAAAACCCUUCGGGGGAAUCGUAUACCACAGAUGCCAGGACCAGAUUGAAGACAGCUGUAAAAAAGGGGUGCAAGUCAUCGUCGUGAAUGGCACAGAAAAUAUCCCGUCUGAUUUACAAGACUGCUUCACUUUGGCGCAUCGUUACAACUACACAACUCUUGUCGUACAACCGAACGCCACGUCCGGUCACCCAGGGGCUGCACAUGGCUCGCAUUCGGAGCUCAUGCAAGAGACUUUGAGAACCGCCAACGCAAAGCCAAAGCUUCCAACGAUCUUGUACCCUUUCUUCUACGGAUGGUUUCUUGGGUUCAACAUCUCCGUGGACACCCUAGGAUUCGGGAAGACCAUUUUCAAGGAGUGUCUUCAGCAGCCCAAGUUUGUGGAGAUAUUUACAAAGUAUGCCAUUCCUGGCUCACCGCGAAAUGCAUCUGGCGGCCUGGACUUUGAUCGUUACUUUUCCUUGGAGGGUUUCAUCACUGGUACUACGCUGCUCCACUGUACAUCAUUCUUCAGCAACUACAGCGAGAGAGCCGGUUCCCAGCAGUACGCGACCUCCCCUGCGGUCAGACAGGCCACCGGACGUGCCUUCAACCUGACGGUUAUAGGAUUCCUAAUCACGCCACGAACCUUAGGAGCUCGAAUCAGACUCAAUGAUCAGGAGUUACUUCUAUGGGAGACGAACAGUAGCGCAACAAGCGACUUCACCCCAGUUGGAGCAGGUAACAAUGUAGACAAAACAAUGCAACAGAAACAACUCCAACACCUGGACCAAUCACAGAUGCCAGGUCAGGAGAUAUCAACCUUUUACCCUAUAAGAGACGAGGUUCCCUGUCCAAAGGGUUGGCGCCCGACUGAAUUCUCACCCACGUGCGGGCGGGGGAGUCGGGCCCAUCUGACUCUAGGCACUGGGAAGGACGUAGAGGCCGUUCAGACUGGUUCCGAUCUGAACGCGAUCAUCCAGAGAGAACUAGAAGCCGUGGCAAAGAAAGAAGACAUCCUGACCCUCAAACUGAAAAGUGGAACAGUCCGUUGCUAUGGGGAGGGCAACUGGGCCGUGUAUCUUGACAAGGCACUGGAAAUCGGCACUUUGUUCACAGGGUGGUACUAGGCUUUGAAGAAUGCUUUUGCUGGCUGUUUUGUUAAGAAACAGUCUGUAUGUUCAAACGCCUGAUAUAAUUGUCUUGCAGUGUGAACUCAGUCGGCAAUGCACAAACAUCUCUCCCAGUGGUCUCCCCUAACUCUCCCUUUCUUACCGUUGAGGGGGUACUUGUGACCGGAGUCCAUUGACGGCCGACUAUGUGGCUCAUCACAUCUUGACCAUUUCCUUUUAAAUAUGUGGACAUUUUUAAGAGGAGUAAAUCAUUAAAAAAAAUAUAUAUCAGGGGAAAGGUUUAUUCAGCUUCAUUUUUUUUUCUAAGUCUAAUUACACAGUGCUCUAGAUAAAGUGCCUACUCGUCAAAAUUGAAUUUUGAACGCAGUUAAUUCCUAUCAGAAAACCCUUAA